AUGAAUCCACUAUGUAAAGGGAAGGAGAAGAUAUUGCAUGAAGACAAUGGUUUGGUGCAGGAGGUGAGCGACGAUGAAGUUGAUCUUGGGUCCAUGGGUUGUGUUGAUGAAAGUGCAGAGGAUGGACUAGACUCAGGUGUUGACUUAGAUGACACCAAUUCUUGGCACUUAGAGAAGAUGAAGACACCUCCAAACUCAGAAGAUGAGUUGGAGGAAGGAAAUUAUUCUGAGAAGGCAUAUUUGCUCUUUAGGGAGGGUGCAAGGUUUGGAGAGCUACAUCUUGAGGUUGGCAUGAAGUUCGAAACGAAAUGGGAAUUCAGAGAAGCUAUGAGGGAAUACGCAAUCCAAGAGGGUAGAAGUAUAAAUCUAGUGAAAAAUGAUAACAUAAGGUGCAAGGCGGUGUGUAAGGUCAUGGAGUGUCCAUGGGUGGCUUAUGCAUCAAGAGACCAUGAGGACACGUGUUGGCAAAUUAAAACCUUCAACGAUGACCACACUUGUCCAAGAGAGGACAAGAAUAGGGCUGCCAACAGAAAUUGGGUAUGCAGCAAGCUUGUAAAGAAGGUGAUAAAGUAUCCAAAUUUUAGACACUGCGAGGCUACAACUUACUUUAAGACACGGUUUGAUUUGACACUGAAUAAGAAUUCAAUCUCGAGGGCAUUAAUGGUUGCUAGAAGUGUGGUGUAUGGUGAUGAGAAAGAGCAAUAUAGGAUGGUUCGGGAUUAUGGUAUUACGCUGUUGAAGACCAAUCCCAGUUCCACUAUGCAAAUAUGUACCACCCCACAACCAGACGGUGAAGUGACCUUUGAUAGGAUGUAUAUGUGCUUAAGCAGCUGUAAAAAUAGGUUCAAGGCUGGCUGCCAUCCUUUGAUAGGGCUGGAUGGUGCAUUCUUGAAGACAAGGUUUGGUGGCCAGAUUUUGUCAGCCAUGGGGUUAAAUGCAAAUCACCAUAUCUAUGUAAUAGCUUGGGCUAUUGUCAGAGUGGAGAAUACAGAUACAUGGAGAUGGUUUCUUGAGCUACUUCAUCAGGACUUGGGUUACUAUAAAGAUCACGACUGGUGCUUUAUAUCAAAUAUGCAAAAGGUAUGGAGCACUUGUACUUGUUGUCCUUCUUUGAUUCUAUUGGAUAAUAAUGGUUAUAUGCUUAUAUGGAGAACUUGUAAUUAUGCUGUUAUACAAAGAUUGCUGCUAGAUGUGACAAAUAGGAAUUGGUUAUCUGAUUAA